AUGUGUGCAGGCAACGGCUACACGGGUGAUGACCCAGUCACGAAGGAGGCCCAGUGGAAGAAUGUGCACAACUUUGACUUUGUGCAAGUGGAGGCAGCGCUGAAUUUGAAGCUUCUGAUAGACGCCUGGAAUAUAAAGACGGCCGUCUGGCUGAGGGAGGUGGUGUACUACCGCGCACCCAGGUCAAUCAGCACAGUGGCGGUCUUCACCGUGAGCGCCUUUUGGCAUGGCCUCUACCCCGGCUACUACCUCAUGUUCCUGACUUUCGCCCUCUUCGUUCUGGCUGCCCGGAUGUGGCGUCGCAAGGUGCGCAGCCGUCUGCCGUCCAAACGUUACCUCUUCCUCGUCUACCACGCCUUCACCAUCUUCCUGACACACAUCAGCAUGGACUACGCCCAGGCGCCCUUCCACUUGCUCACUCUGAACAGCAGCAUCUUCACCUGGAUACAGUUCUUCUUUGUGCCGCACAUCGUGGCUGUGCUGAUACUCUCCGUUCUCAGUCUGUUAUCUAGGCUGCGCAGAAGGCCAAAGGUACAGGACAUUGAACCGCUGUUGGCGUAG